AUGAUGAGCAGUGCUAUAACAAGUGGAUCUGAGUUCUCUGGUGAUGAAGAAGAAGCUGAUGGUGAAACAAAUAUGAACCCUACCAAUGUUAAGCGUGUGAGAAGGAUGCUCUCUAACAGGGAAUCAGCAAGACGGUCCAGAAGAAGAAAGCAGGCACACUUGAAUGAGCUAGAGACACAAGUUUCACAGCUCCGUUCAGAGAAUUCGAAGCUCAUGAAAGGUCUCACUAACAUAACGCAGACAUUCAAUGACGCAGCUGUAGAGAACAGAGUUUUGAAAGCCAAUAUCGAGACAUUACGCACAAAGGUGAAAAUGGCUGAGGAGACGGUGAAGAGAAUCACAGGCUUCAAUCCAUUGUUCCACACUAUGCCUAGGGUUUCUACAGUCUCUCUUCCUUCAGAGACAUCAAAUUCUCUAGACACAAGCGUCCACGUGACCACACCAGAGAUCAGCUCGAGCAACAAAAGCAAGGCCUUGAUCGGAUGCAAGAUGAACGGAACAGCUUCGAUGCGUAGAGUUGCGAGCUUGGAACAUCUGCAGAAGCGAAUUCGAAGCGUUGGAGAUCAGUAG